GACACUGGCCUUGGGCCUUGGCAGGGGAGAACACCGUGCGCACGAUCGCCAUGGACGGGACAGAAGGCCUGGUGAGAGGACAGAAGGUUCUGGACUCCGGGGCGCCCAUCCGCAUCCCCGUCGGCCCCGAAACCUUGGGCAGGAUCAUGAAUGUCAUCGGGGAACCCAUCGACGAGAGGGGCCCCAUCACCACAAAACAGUUUGCUGCCAUCCACGCCGAAGCCCCUGAGUUCGUGGAGAUGAGCGUGGAGCAGGAGAUCCUGGUGACAGGGAUCAAGGUGGUGGAUCUGCUGGCUCCCUACGCCAAGGGCGGCAAGAUCGGUCUUUUUGGGGGUGCUGGUGUCGGCAAAACUGUGCUGAUCAUGGAGCUGAUCAACAACGUGGCCAAAGCCCACGGCGGUUACUCGGUGUUCGCCGGCGUCGGGGAGCGGACCCGCGAGGGCAAUGAUUUGUACCACGAGAUGAUUGAGUCUGGGGUCAUCAACCUGAAAGAUGCCACCUCCAAGGUCGCCCUGGUUUAUGGCCAGAUGAACGAGCCCCCCGGUGCCCGUGCCAGGGUGGCCCUGACGGGGCUGACGGUGGCCGAGUACUUCAGGGACCAGGAGGGUCAGGACGUGCUGCUCUUCAUCGACAACAUCUUCCGCUUCACCCAGGCGGGCUCCGAGGUGUCAGCCCUGCUGGGCAGAAUCCCCUCUGCUGUGGGCUACCAGCCCACGUUGGCCACCGAUAUGGGCACCAUGCAGGAACGGAUCACCACCACGCGCAAGGGCUCCAUCACCUCGGUGCAGGUGAGGGCAGGGCUGGCUGUGCCAUGCCAGGGGACCCACCGUGGCCACCCCGGACCCACCGUGGCCACCUCAGACCCACCGUGGAUCAUGAAUGUCAUCGGGGAACCCAUCGACGAGAGGGGCCCCAUCACCACAAAACAGUGA